UAGCAAUGCAAAGUCAUGGUGCUCUGAUACUCUUGUUCACAGUUACAGACUGAAAAAAUAGCAAUCUGCUUUUGUGAAUAUAAAUGUUUCUGGAUGUACUUGACUCCAAACUGCAGCUGAAGACCCAGAACCAAAGAUGAACUGGGCAUCAUUUUACGCUGUCAUCAGUGGUGUGAACAGACACUCCACAGGCAUCGGUCGCAUCUGGCUCUCUGUCCUCUUCAUUUUCCGCAUCCUGGUGCUGGUGGUCGCAGCAGAGAGCGUGUGGGGCGACGAGAAGUCCGGCUUCACCUGUAACACCCAGCAGCCGGGCUGCAACAGCGUCUGCUAUGACCACUUCUUCCCCAUCUCUCACAUCCGCCUGUGGGCGCUCCAGCUCAUCCUGGUCUCCACUCCCGCGCUGCUGGUGGCCAUGCACGUGGCCCACCGUCGCCAUGUUGACAAGAGGCUCUACAGGCUGUCAGGACGGGCCAACCCCAAAGACCUGGAGCAGAUAAAGACCCAGAAGAUGAAAAUCACAGGCGCUCUGUGGUGGACGUACGUCAUCAGCUUGUUCUUCCGUAUUGUCUUCGAGGUCAUCUUUAUGUACUUGUUUUACAUGAUCUAUCCUGGUUACAAGAUGAUCAGGCUGGUGAAGUGUGACUCGUACCCAUGUCCCAACACGGUGGACUGCUUCGUGUCGAGGCCCACGGAGAAGACUGUCUUCACUGUGUUCAUGUUAGCUGCGUCUGGGGUGUGCAUUCUGCUCAACAUUGCAGAAGUGGUCUUCUUGGUGGGGAAGGCCUGCAGUAAGCAUUUGCAUAAUGCUGGAGACUCAACUAUGGGGGCCUGGAUCCAACAAAAACUCUGCUCACUCUAACAAAACACUUAGAUUAUAAAGAUCAAACCUGCACCAAAGAAAGUGACAGAAAGAGUUAACUUAUGGGGAAGAUACAUACAAUAUAUUGUCAUACUACAAAGAAUUCACUGUUCACACAUCAGUGUAGUCCAGACAUUCUCACUGGCUAUGCAGAACAUACAUAUAUUAGAACACACCAAAAUCACUGUAAACAGCUGCACUUACACCAACAACAAUAUAAUAUAACAGGAUAUAAUAGCUUUGGUAAUUGAUGUUUGGCCAAAUAAAGAACAGUAAUAACUAUAGUAAUAAUUUUGAAAAGCAAUAUUGCAGCUGACCACAUCAGGCUUUAAUUGUCAUUGGCUUUUUUGAUGAAGGCGUUUGGUCUUGAAAUGAAAACAUUCAAUUUAGAUGUUAUCUGCUGAAAAUACAAUGUACAUCUGAUACUUUAAUUUAUAAUAUUCUAUUGUUUACAUCAAAUAUCAUCACAACUGGUAUGGCUUUUUUCCAGCUGCUAUAAGUCAAAUGUUUUACUAAUACAUGGAGAAUAUGUUGGAAUAUAUAGAUGUUGAAUUAUAUGAUAUUCUAUGUUUUUGUUUAAUAGAGAUUUAUGAUGGUUUAAUGGCUAAUCAAAGUAAUGACUUCCGACGACAAACUAAACAUUUUAUUUCAGUACAUUCGUUUUGUAGCUGGAUGUUUGAAUAUUGUCAAUACGCAGAUAAAAUCAACAGGCGUUUGUGUAGUUGUUAAAUUUUUAGUUUCUCACCAAAUAGAAUUUCAAACUGAGACUAGAAGACAUGCAGGAACACACAAUGGACCACAAUAGUUCUGGUGUAUGUUCACAGAAUUUCCUGACGAAGUUGAAAUGUUCAAUAUGACACCAUAAAUCCCCAGAGCAGAAAGCUGUUGUAUCAUGAGGAGCAAAUUAAGUUGCAGUCGCAGCGGUGCCACUUUGUGAUUCUUCUCAGCUGUCGGCAGUGUGACUGGGGAAAGAAAGCUGAAGGAACUGUGGAUGAAGCUUUAUUUUAUGUUUAGCGUCGCCAUCUUUAGACGUGCAAUGGUCUCUGAGUCAUGGUGCCACCUGUGAGGAAACAUCUCAGGCUGAUAAAGUUCUACCUCUGAAGGCCAGAGUGCAGAGUAUUGGGUGGUUAUCAAUAGCCUGGCCACGUAAGGGGUCAGUGAGUGGGCGACAAUGGUUGACCCAGGGGACAGCUGGACCUGCCGUGACACCGCAAGAGGGCAUUUCUCUUUUUAAGGCAAGUGUCAACACACACCAUCUACAGAGCGCAGAGUGAAGAGACGCAUAUCGACAGUGUACCAUAAACAAAUCCCUCCAAUCUAAUAAUACUCAUGUGUUUCCAAAUUUCAAGAACUUUAGUCCUGCCUACUCAAAAUGUUUCAUCAUGGGGAGGUUCACACUUUUUUAAACAACAUGAAUUGUUAGGUCAUUUAAAUAAGAGUAAGUGUGUAUUGGCAGGAAAAUGUGCUUGAGUGUCAAAAAUACCAAUUGUUCAAAAUGGCUUCAAUAAGU